GUGUAAACUGUCGGCCCAGUCUUCCAAAAAGCGAUCCAGAUCUGGCAAUCCCACCUUCCGACCCCCACAACCAGCUUCCACAACCAUGGAAGCAACCGACCUCUUCUCCAGGUAGCCUUUAAUCUCUCGUCUUUUUCAUUGACUUCUUCUAAAAAGCAAUCCUACGCUACGCAUGAUGAUGAGGACGAGGAAAAAGGAGGAUCCACUCCGAAACUCUGGAGGCAGCGGCAGCCUUCGACAUUCUUGGAAUACGAGCCACAGUCCCGACGAUGGCAGUCCCGACCUCAACCACAAGACGUGUCUUGGCUCGAGACGACGCAUGAGUCUGCGGUCGAGUUUUUAUCAACCCAAGAGCAGUUCCAUCUUACCCUCCAAUCCGGAUUUGGAAGAAAUCACGCAGUUGCAAUUUUCUUUUGAUGACGACGACCUGUGUGGGCGAACCCACGAAUUGGCAGUCCUGCAGCAUGCUCUGGAAGCAUCAUCCCGCUGUCGCAACAGCGAGAAGCACGUGAUUUUGUGUGGAGGCAGCUCGGGUGUGGGCAAGACCGCUCUGGUGGCGGCCGCGAUACGGCGUUCGCAAUGUAUACGCGUCGAAGGAAAGUUUGAUUUUUCACAGCAACACACUCCUUAUUCGGGUAUCACACAAGCGUGUCGGGGUCUUUGUGACUAUUAUCUGGCUGCGAGACCCUCGGCACAACAGAUUCAGGACCUUCGGGAAGCAUUGGGAAGCUCGGCGUGUGUACUUGCUCAAUUGUUGCCGUCGUUACUGGCACUCUUGGAAAUGCCGGAACAAGCCAUGAUCAGCAACAACAACAAGAAUGCCAUGAGACUGGAAGAAGCUCCUCAUCGUUUCCGGUUCGCUAUUGGACAGUUUCUUUGGACCAUUGGGCGAUGGGAGAAUCCUCCCAUUAUCUGUUUAGAUGACUUGCAGUGGUGUGAUGAAGAAUCCUUCAAGUUGCUCGAAAUGCUGCUGCUCCAGCAGGAUGUCUACGACACAACGACGGUAACAAGGAGCAAUGACAACAACAACAAUCAUCAUCACUCGGGAGGUCUAGUGGUGGUGGGGUGCUACCGAGACAACACAGACAACACGACCGACUCUCAGGCAAACUCGCUGAAACACUGGAUUCGUGUUCUGGAGGAUGCUGCUGCUGCAACAAAUGGGGAUGCAAUGACAUUGACGCAGCUGUCCUUGGCCAAUCUAUCGGUGGAUGCGGUCAAUGAAAUGCUGGCCCAAGUACUCAGCAUGGAAGCAACAGAAUCCACAACAACAACAUGCAUGACGACACUGGAGUUUGCAAAAGUAGUCCACCACAAGACGGCGGGAAAUCCGUUCUUUGUCAUUGAGUUCCUCAAGGGCUUGUCCGAACAAGAACUAUUGACAUUUCAUCUCGGUCUCAUGAAAUGGACAUGGAACCUGGAGGAAAUUGUAUUCAACACCAAAGCCACGGACAAUGUGAUUGACUUGAUGCAAAAGAAAAUGGAAAGUCUACCGAGUGCCAUGUUUGAAAUUCUGCCUCUAGCCGCACAACUGGGGUCCACCUUUUUGGCCCGCCAUCUUUCGGCGGUGGUCAAAGCCUUCCAACUGGCGGCAAGACCCAACAAAAACAACAAAAAUACACAGAAGGAGCAACAACAACAAGUCAGUCCUGACGAAUGGUUAAAAGCUUGCGUGGACGAGGGAUUCAUCACAAGGCUAGAGAAUGACAAGUAUUGCUGGGUGCACGACAAGGUGCAAGAGGCGGCCCGGGCGCUCGUGCCAAGGGAUAGAUUGGAUGCGCUCCAAUUCCGGGUGGGUGAAAUUCUACUUCAAAACUUGACGCCCACCGAGAUUACCGAAAACAUUUUGGUGGUGGCCAAUCUUCUUCGCAAGGGCCUCGCGUAUCGCUCCGAUAUUCAAGAGUGGAAAUGCGUAGAGAUUGCCAAGUUGCUGCUCGAAGCCGGGCGUAUCGCUAUGAAUUCCGCAAGCUUUGUGCAAGCAGCCGAGUACUUGCAAGCGGGGAUCCACUUCCUGCCUCCAGAACACUGGACAACACGAUAUGAAUUGAGUCUGGAGCUGUACACUUCGGCAGCCGAGGCCGAGUACUGUACUGGAGGCAGCGACAACAUGCAAGAGCACUGCAUGGCCGUAGUGACUCAAGAGGACCGACCCAUGAGCGAAAGGUUUCGAGCUUACAAUGUGCUGAUAUCCUAUGUUUGGAGCACAAACGACAUGAAGCGAGCGGCGAAAAUGGCACUUCACGUCCUUUCGGAGCUUGGCUGCAAGUUGCCCAAACGAGCCAAAGUGCUGCAUAUUCUGGCGGGGAUUGUGCACAUGAAUGGGGCGACCAAAAAGUUUGGUCCAGAUGCAGUGCUAUGUCACGAAAACAUGACAGAUCUGCAAAAGAUUCAAGCAAUGGCCCUAUUGGACAAACUCGCGACAAUUACCUACAUGUUGCGGUCCGACUACCUCCCACUCGCAAUCUUGAAGAGCUUCCAGUGGAGCAUUAAGCACGGGAUGUCGGAAUACUCUCCUUCCGCAUUCUCGCUCGUGGCGCUGAUCUUCAUGUCCAAGCUCAAGGACUUUGAGCGUUCCCGCACGUACGCCAACUACGCAGUCUCCUUGGCCGAAUCGAAACCCGAGUACGAGGUGGCAUUGUCGCGGACUCUCUUCAUCACGCACCACUUCGUUCUUCACGCUAGCCUUCCAUACCAGACUUGCAUGAAGAAGUUUGUGCAGGGGCAUACGAGCGGCUUGGCAACUGGGGAUGUUGAAAAUGCGUGCUUCAAUGCCCUAUUGUAUCUGGAUCUCUCGUUUCUUGUCGGCCGAAACUUGAACUCGCUCAACGUGGAUUGGCAGGUUUAUACAGAGCAGAUGCGAUCCUUUUCACAGUUCCAGCAACGAAAUGCCGCGGUCCACAAGUGGCAAGUUGCGCAAUGCCUGAUGGGACAAACGGAGGAUCCGCUUGUCUUGAAGGGAGGUGUCUUUGACAUUGACGAUUUCAACACUGAGGUGAUGGGGGCCUCGGUUGUCACUUCCUGUUAUUAUGCCCUCAUUCACUUGGCUUACUUCAUGUGCGACGAUGUGAAUGGUGCGGAACGAGUGCUGGAACUGCAUCGAAUGUACCAAGAGGAAGAUCUUAACCCGGGUUCAAGUGUGGAUGACGCAUACCGAGGACAUUCCGGAGUCCUGUGCUACAGUGCUUUUCGCAAGACAAAGAAGAUCAAGUACUUGUUGAGAGCCAAGAAAUGCCACAAGCACAUCCAGGUAGCAAGCAGAAAGGGGAACCCAAACUAUCCACACAUUGAAAAGCUCCUGGAUGCCGAGUAUGCCGCUCUCGUGGGGCGAAAGAGUCCGGCAAAGAAGUGCUACCAAGACGCCAUUGCGCUUGCUGCCAGGUUGGGUCUUGUACAUGAGCAGGCAAUGGUCAAUGAACGGUUCGCACGCUACAUUUCCGACCGGGGGGAACAUAGCGAAUCACAGUAUCACAUGGGUUGUGCCAUCAAUUUGUACAGGGAAUGGGGCGCCACGGCAAAAGUGGACCAACUACAAAACUUUGCCGUUGGCACCGCUACGAAAUCAGCUAUAGUUUAAUAAAUAGGGGAGUCUCUCAACGAGCACAACCAAAUGA